UCCGCGAGGCACCUCGGCACCAAGCACACGCGCGGCAGCAGCAGCAGCAGCAGCAGCGGAGGAAAAUCAGAAAACGAGAGUCCCAAACCGGGACAGACAGGGUCCAACAACGUCCCCUGUCCGAAAACAAACAACGACACUGGAUACAUGAUACAAUAGAAGAAGGGAAAACGACGACGAAGUUUGUUUUUAACGCCAGGUAUUGAAGAAGUGGCUUUACCGGGAAGUUUUCUCAUCGCAGCAGCAGCAACUGGAGCAUCUGUCUGAACUCCACUGACUCCAUAUGCUCGGUUCCGUCUAACGUAUCUACUUGAAAACUGCUUUUAUUUAACAAAACAACCGUGUUUCUUUUCAUUUUUUUCGCUCAGAGACACACAGAAAAUAUCUAACUUUGUUAAAAAAAAAAACAACGUCAAGGUGUUCAGGCAUUCACAUAGAUAAAAGAAGAGAGAGAACCGAAGGGAGCACAGACGGGAGAAGUGGAUGUAUUUUGAGCCAUGGAUGUAACAGUUUACCCGCCUCCUCCUCAGUCUCUGUCAGCGAAAGACCACACCAGGAUGGGGCAACAAUCCUACCCUGACCCGGCCUUUGGGACCACCAAGCUGGAUGGGGACACCAUGUUCCUGGGUAUGCCAGAAGCCGGCCAUGACUUUGCCUCAACCAAUCAGUUUCGUGUGCCUCAGCCCCCCCACCCUCUCAGCAAGGUGACGCAAUCCAACCAGCCCUCCCAGCACUGGAGGAGGGACACACACAUGCCCGACACACACCGUCUGCCCUGGUCUUACUCAGUGGGUGGUUUGGGUGAUGAUGACUACAACAUUCCCCCCAUCACUCCCCCCACCCUGCCAGAGCACAUGCUGCACCCCCAACUCCCACACGAUUCCCGCUCUGGACCAUACCACCAAAUGGACCCCCCUUCCAGGUCAGCGCCGCACCACCCCUACCAGCUUCAGGGCAUGGACCUGCCCGGCAUGUCCAGUGGCCAGGAUGGAAACGCCCUGCUGAACCAGGAUGGGGGCACCUUCAGUCCGGACGGGGGCCCCAUGACCAGCACCCUGUCUGUGAUGCAGCAGAUGGUGAACUCUGACUCACGGUUCACCAGCAGCCAACAGCCAAUCGAAGCUGCGCUCGGACCCAGGAGCCAAUCGGGCAUGAGCCAGCAAGGUCAGCUGUCCACCAUCAACCAAUCCCAGCUGGGGCUGAGUGGGAACUCUGCUACCCAUAAUUCUCCUUCCCCCCCUGGAAGUAAAUCAGCCACCCCGUCCCCGUCCAGUUCAGCACAUGAGGACGACAAUGAUGACGGACUCAGGCUGGUCAGUGUAGCAGAGAAGAGGCCAGCGACAGUGGACAUCUCCAAGAAACCAAAAACACCAAAGAAGAAGAAGCGCAAGGACCCCAACGAGCCGGUGAAGCCAGUUUCCGCCUACGCCCUGUUCUUCAGGGACACCCAAGCCAACAUCAAGGCCCAGAACCCCAACGCUACCUUCGGGGAGGUGUCCAAGAUCGUGGCCUCCAUGUGGGACGGCCUGGGGGAGGAAGAGAAACAGGAGUACAAGAAGAGGACGGAGACGGCUAAGAAGGAGUAUCUGAAACAACUGGCUGCAUACAGAGCCAGCCUGGUCUCACAGAGUUACAACGAUCCGUCUGAAAUGAAGCCCCCCCACUCUUCCUCCAUACCUUCCUCUACCUCAAUGUAUAGCCCUAAGCCUUCAGUGUACCCCGGUCAUCCGGGCCAGCACCACUCCUCCAGCCCAAUGGCCCACCCCCACUCUCACCCCCACCCCCACCCCCACUCUCACUCUCACCCCCACUCUCACCCUCACUCCCUCCCUUCCCACCAGCACCCCAGCAUGUACAUGCCGUACCCUCACCAGUCGCACCCUUCCCACGCCUCAAGCCCCGGCCUCAGCCCACACCUGCCCCCCCCUCACACCCAGAUGCACCCCCAGCUCCAGGCCCUGUCCUCCAGAGGGACGGUGCCACGGCCCAGCGUUCCCCCCCACCAGGGAGCUCUGUCCCUGGGCAGCAUGGCGGCGUCCAGCCCUCCGCUCCAGGUCAGCCCCCCCAUCCACAGCCAGGCCCACCUGGGGGGGCUGCACAGUCCCCACCAGCAGCAUCACCAGCACCAGCAGCAGCAGCACCAGCAGCACCAGCAGCAGCAGCACCAGCAGCACCAGCAGCUCAGUGGACACUCUCUGGGAAUGACACACUCCCCGGGCAUCUCACAGGGCUACCACCCCUCCCUGCAUCCUGACUACCAGCAGUUGGGAGGAGCCAUGCUGAAUGGUGGAGCAGUGAUGUCAUCAUCGGUGGACUACCAUCAGCUGGGUCGACACACGCAGAACCAACACCCCUCUCUGGACUGGAGUACUGAUUACCAUGGCAACGGCGGCCUGCAGAGAGACAAGCCUCUCUAUCUGAGCUAAUCUCAGGACACCAUGACACCAAACCUCAGCAAGCCCUUCCACUGCCACACCACCAACCUCCUGAAGCACAGAGCACCUCCACCUGGACACACUGAGUAAAGGGACGUGUGUGUGUGUGUGUGUGUAUGUGUGUGUGUGUAUGUGUGUGUGUGUGUGUGUGUGUGUGUGUGUGUGUGUGUGUGUGCAAUGCGUGU